UGUCAACAGUGAGUCGACUCUCAAAGAUUCAUUUGACUCGCUUGGACGUAGACUUGUGACAGACAGAGGUAACCGAUUCCUCGCUGGAAAUAACUCUCAACAGCAACUUCGAGACGGAACGCAGCGAAACCAUCGAAUUAAAACACUAGAAAGUUCGUUUGAGCGACAGACAGAUGUUUGAUUGUUCUGUCUAUCUGAACUGAACAGGCCAAGACAUCAAACAAACCCUAAAGUGUGUUUUCUGUGUGAUCUACCGCUCCAGUGUGUGAGGAAGAUGUCUUUAGAGGAGUAUGAGAGGCAUUACGCCUCUUUAAACUCGGAGUCUGGAUGUGAAUCCGUCAGUGGAAGAUCUUCAACAUCUUACAGUGGAGAAGAGGAGAAGUUACAUUAUAUUCCCAUUCGAGUGCUGGGAAAAGGGGCUUUUGGAGAAGCGACACUGUACAGACGCACUGAGGAUAAUUCUCUGGUGGUUUGGAAGGAGAUCGAUCUGAACAAUCUGUCUGAUAAGAAGCGCAGAGACGUUAUGAAUGAAAUCAGCAUCCUGUCCAUUCUACAGCACAACAACAUCAUCGCAUACUUCAAUCACUUCAUGGACAAAAACACACUGCUCAUAGAGCUGGAAUACUGCAACGGCGGGAAUCUUUAUGAAAAAAUCAAUCAGCAGAAAGGAACACUCUUCAAGGAAGAGGUCGUCAUAUGGUACUUGUAUCAGAUCACUGCAGCUGUCGCUCACAUUCAUAAAGCAGGUGUCUUACACAGGGACAUCAAAACCUUGAACAUCUUCCUCACCAAAACCAACCUGAUUAAGUUAGGAGAUUAUGGGUUGGCAAAGAAACUCGACUCGCAAUAUUCCAUGGCUGAAACUUGUGUCGGCACUCCAUACUACAUGUCUCCAGAGCUCUGUCAAGGAGUGAAAUAUAACUUUAAAUCUGACAUCUGGGCCAUGGGAUGUGUCUUAUUUGAGCUGCUUGCCCUCACCAGGACCUUUGAUGCCACGAAUCCUCUGAACUUGUGUGUGAAGAUCGUUCAGGGCAACUGGACCAUGGAGAUCAACUCUGAUGUUUAUUCAUCUGAACUCAUCAAGCUGGUGUAUGAGUGUUUGGAUCAGGACCCUGAAAAAAGACCCACAGCCGAGCAGAUAUUAGAGCAUCCUGUCAUCUCUCGUGUGAGACCAGAGCUGGAGGAGAGAGUGGCAGCACUCAAUUCUGCCAUCAAGAAACCAAAGUUAAGCACAGUGACGGAGACGUCAGUUGCCGUGGUGACCACACGCUCCCGGGAGGUAUAUUUCUGGGGUGGGGGGAAGUUCACCCCACAGAAGCUGGACAUGUUUAAAGGGGGCAGCAGCGCGCAGCACGUGUGCGCAGGAGAGACGCAUUUCGCAGUCGUUACAGUAGAGAAAGAGCUGUACACUUGGGCUAGUGUUCAGGGAGGGGCGAAGAUGGUGGGUCAGCUGGGUCAUGGUGAUCAGGCCUCGUACCGUCAGCCACGACGCGUGGAGCGUCUGCAGGGGAAAGCCAUCAGACAGGUGUCUUGCGGUGCUGAUUUCACCGCCUGCAUCACUGAUGAGGAUCAGAUGUAUAUGUUCGGGUCAGACUACUACGGCUGCAUCGGCGUGGAGAACGAGCUGGGCAUGGAGGUUCUUGAGCCGGUUUUGCUGGAGUUCUUCGUGGAGCGUCCGGUGAAGCAUGUGUCAUGUGGAGAUAAUCAUGUGGUGGCUUUGACUCAGAGCGGAGAAAUCUUCUCAUGGGGGUGUGGAGAACACGGUCGACUCGGUCUCGACUGUGAGGAUGAUUUCUCUUCUCCAAUGCAACUGGAGGUUCCUAAAGGUGCGUUCAUUGACUCCGUGUUCUGCGGCAGUGAUGGAACUUUCUUCCUGACAGAAUCUGGAAAAGUUUUAGCUUGUGGCAACAAUGAACUGAACAAACUGGGUCUGAAUCAGGGCAUCACUGGAAUCAAAAACCACCCAGGGGAAGAUUUUCAGGGGGUACCAUACACCACCAGUCUCACUCUGGUCAAACAGCUGUCACGAUUUAAGAUCCAGUUCAUCUCACCUGGAAAAGCACACACAGCAGUGAUAGAUGAACGCGGGCGUCUGAUGACCUUCGGCUGUAAUAAGUUUGGACAGUUGGGUGUGAAAGACUUUAAGAAGCAUCAGGGAGUUCAGAUUCUCGUCGGGGCUUUCGGAGGGAAAGUCAUCACUAAAGUGUCGUGUGGAGACGGAUUCACUAUUGCAGCCACAGAGGAUAAUCAGAUCUUUGCGUGGGGAAACGCAGGGAACGGGCGUUUGGGAAUGCCCCCUGAUAAAGGCUUCGGCUCGGAGGUUUGUCCGGCUCUUCCUCGUCCCAUCUUUGGUUCCCUGCAUCAUGUGCCUGAUCUGUCCUGCAGAGGCUGGCACACCAUACUCAUCAUGGAAAAAGUUCUGAACUCCAAAACCAUCCGUUCAAACAGUAGUGGACUGUCUAUUGGAAGUGGUCAGUGCUCGACCACAUGUGUGGAUCUGGACACAGAGUCACCGACAGAAUCUGAGCUGCGUGAGGGCAUGUUGGGAGGAACUGUAGAGGCUGACAUGGAUGAGCGAGGUCUGGAGACCCCCAUAUUCUCCAUGGACAGCAAGACCAACGAGAGCUCGUGUCCCUCGUGGCUGCGGAAGGAGCUGAUAGAUGCCGAGAUCAUCCCCAUGCCAGAAGAUUCCAGAGACUCCAUCGAUCCACUCACAUCCUCGUACACAGAGAGCGCAACGCUGCCAUAUGAUGAGCUCGACGAGCUCAAAGCUGCGGCUGCUGCAGCCACUGGAAAAAGCCUGAUGGCGACAACGUGUGUGGAUUAUGAGCGUGUGAAUGGGGUUGAGAUGGGACGAUCCGAGCAGAGCUGCUGUCAAGCGAGCGUCGAGCUGGAAAACCUCAGAGAAACAGUGAACCGCCAGGAAGCCCAAAUUCAGCUGUUACAGAAGCAGUUCAACGAUCAGCUGAAAGAGAACGAGAGACUGUGGAGAGCCAUCGAGAACUUCAGAGCUGGAGGUGAUCUUCACGACAUCAGUAAUAAUCACCACUCCACUCAUGAAGACCAGUGAGAGGUCCACACGUCCAGAUCAACUCCAGCAGAACUCCUCAGACAGGAACUUUACCUUACGGUAAAUUCUGACACGUUUGAGCCGCGCCGUGCAUACGAACACUCCUCCUUAACCGUGGUAAAAUCACUGUAAUGCACAGCCUCUUGUGGCUUAUUCAAUCGCCAAAAUCAUUGAGUGCCUUUGACAACCAAAGACUGUUUCACUAGUUUCAUGCUGCUGAUGUCAAGCCAAAAGUUUCUGCUUAUAUGUCAGUGCUGUAUUAUUUAGGGUUUUGUAUUUUUACAGCACGUGUAAACCCUCGUCUGGGAUCAACGUUGAAUGGCUGAUUUCACAUGAAACAAUUCCUCCAUGAUGAAUGUAAUAAAGUGUCAUAAGCAGGAUGCUCAGAAUGCCUUUAAUCAGAUUUAGUCUUUAACGAUCAUUGAACACAAUAUUGUUUUACGGUAUAUUAUGUUCUCAAAUGGCUCUUAAAGGCUCUUUUAUAAUAGGACUGUUAAGGAGAUUCCCAGAAGUGCCUUUACAUUAGUCUUUAACAUCAGUAUUAAGGAUAUUUUACAGUGUUGUUCUCUGUUACCUUCAUUGGUUUAAUCUAGUCUUUGGCCACAGAUGUAUUCACUACAUCAUGCAUCAGUGUGAAGAACACACACAACAGAACCAAAACCUUCCGUUAACGCUGCGUUUUGACUUCAUCAUCAUUUUAAAGCUAUUCUGUGCACGUGACGUGGAUCCUGUUCCUCUUGUUCAGUCUCUCUUCUUGUGUUUACAUGGAUUACUGAGACGUGUAACUAAUGCCAUGUUUGUUUGCGGUAAUUUCACACGACAUGUUUGUUAUGCAUACAUGGAGACAUGUUCAAAACUACUGAUUUUCUUUGUGUUUUUUAAAGAUCAUUCUAUAGCGCUUAUCCCUAGUUCACUGCCCAAUAAGGACAUCAGAGUCUUCAUGCAAAACUAUUAAAUUGACAUUUGCAUGUUUUGCAAUGAUUGCAAACAAAUAUGUUUUUGUUUGUAUUGUAUCUGUAAGAACGGGUUAUGCUCAUGUGUGUUUUUAUAUUGAAGAUGUUUCCCCCAUGUCCUAUUCUUGUGAAACUGUAUAUCACAUAAUUACAAGACUCGCUCUUAAGAUGGUUUAUGCUUUAUACACAUAUCAGACAUUUUCUUAUGCACAUUUCUAAUAAAACAUGUCUGUUU